UUGUUCAGACUGUUACCAUGGCAACUGCAGUCCAGACAAGACAAGAGACAUGGAAGAAGGACACAGGUCCACCCCAGUGCAUGUUCCUAACCGAGCGGUCAAAGAUAUCAAACUUCACAAACUCAACUCAUCUAUAUCUGACUGAAACCAUUCCCGUACCUUACAAGUCUUGGACGCUCGUUCCGCAAGAGAUCGGUCUGUUCCGCAAGCUUACAAGCCUCACGUUGUCCAACAACGCGUUAUCGAAGAAGGCGAUCGCCAACAUUAGUCUUUGUGAGUCUCUAAAAACGCUGAUCCUGACGAGUUGCAAGAUCACUCAUCUACCUGCUCAAAUCAGCAGGCUGGUGAAUUUAGAGACUCUGGACAUCAGUUACAACGAGUUAACCCGCAUACAGAGCUUCGUCUGUACCCUUCCAGCUCUAAAAUCUCUCAGGGCCAGACAUAACCGGAUUUUUGACGUCAAGAAUAUCAGAUCUUUGGUAAAGUCGAGAAUCGUCACGCUAGAUCUGAAGGGAAAUUUGCUACAGUCCUUCAACACCAGAUUCAGCAGGUCGAAAACGCUGCGAUACUUGGACCUAUCGGAGAACAUCAUCACUCAUGUUAUCUUCUUCAAAGAUGACCUUCCGCUCUUAGAGAAGCUAGACUGUGAAGGGAACAAAAUCACAGCUUUUAACGUCAUGGAGCAACGGAAACUGAACACGCGAAGCAACCUGCGGUGGCUCUCUCUGGCCAAGAACUGUCUCAGGACCUUCCCGAAUGCGGUUUUCAGGUUGACCUCACUGGAGGCACUAGAUGUUUCUCAGAACACUUUUGUUUCCAUCCCGAGAGAGGUGGAGGUUAUGAAACAUCUCAAGUCGUUCAUCGCCUCACGGAACCACCUAAGAAGUUUACCACGUGAGUUGUUCUGCCUACCGCAGCUGAAGCUCGUCAACGUUGGUAACAACAGGCUCCACCAUUGGCGACAUGAAUCAUGGAAUCCCGACGACGCCAUCUUGUCUCAGGAGAUGCACACCUUGAUCUUGGCCGGGAACAAACUGGAAAGCGUUCCAUCAGUGGUCUACAGUUUCCCGUCUCUAGAGCAUCUAGACAUGAGCAGAAAUAAGCUCAGAAAGUUCCCAGUGAUGUUCAAAAAUAAAAAGAAGCCGGCGAUCGUUUCGCUCGACUUGUCGCACAACAAGCUGAAUCAUUUCCCGUUCGAAGAGCUCGACAAUCUCCGGAGACUUCGUCGCCUGAAUCUUCACCACAACGAACUGACGGAGAUUCCCGAGGACCUGACGAAGAUGUGGUGCGAGAGUGAAGUGACGUUGGCGAACAAUCCCAUCAAAUGGCCCCCGUUAGAUAUCUGCGUACAGGGUCUUCCCGCUAUUGAAGAGUUUUACAAACUGGUAGGGCCGAAGAAGUCGACUUGAAUAACGUAUCCGGUUUCGGCAUGUUCGGGAAAUCUUCGGAAUGAAAGAGUGCAAUACACGACAAUGCUUGCUG